AGCGGGCUAGAGGCCGGAUCUCGGUUUCCUUGGCUACGACGGAGAAGGGCGGGAGGGGGGAGGAAAAAAAAAAGGGCCGGUCCCUUCUUAUGUCGCGGCGGCACCAGUAGCAGCAGCAGCACCAGCGCUGAGGGGAUGGCACAGAGCCGGGCCUAGCGAGGCAGCUGCCGCCAUGAGCGGAGUAGCGGUUGGCGGCCAGGGAAGGAGCGACGGCGGAGGAGGAGGAGGCGGCGGCGGCGGCGACUCCGCAGGCCGCUGGGCUGGCUGGAAACUGCUGGCCUUGGGCCUCCUCUCCGCGUCCUCGGUGCUGGCGGCAGCCCCGGCCGUGCAGGCCAUGGGCAGGGAGGAGAAGCGGCGCCUCGGGAAUCAAGUAGUGGAAAUGUUUGAUCAUGCCUAUAGUAAUUACAUGGAACAUGCCUACCCAGCCGACGAGCUCAUGCCUUUAACUUGCCGUGGAAGAGUUCGUGGUCAAGAACCAAGUCGUGGAGAUGUGGAUGAUGCCUUGGGAAAGUUUUCACUGACACUGAUUGAUACUUUGGACACUCUUGUGGUGUUAAAUAAAACCAAAGAGUUUGAAGAGGCUGUCAAAAAAGUGAUCAGAGAUGUUAAUUUAGACAACGACAUUGUAGUAUCAGUGUUUGAAACUAACAUAAGAGUCCUUGGAGGUCUUUUAGGUGGGCACUCAGUAGCAAUCAUGCUGAAAGAGAAGGGCGAAGACAUGCAAUGGUACAACGGAGAACUUCUGCACAUGGCAAAACAGUUGGGCUACAAGCUUUUGCCAGCUUUUAACACCACCAGCGGUCUUCCAUAUCCACGAGUUAACUUAAAAUUUGGUGUAAGGAGUCCAGAAGCUCGAACAGGAACAGAGACUGACACUUGUACGGCUUGUGCAGGUACCUUGAUCUUGGAGUUUGCUGCUCUGAGCCGCUUCACAGGAGCAUCAAUAUUUGAGGAAUAUGCACGGAAGGCACUUGAUUUUCUUUGGGAGAAAAGGCAACGCAGCAGCAACUUGGUGGGAGUCACAAUUAAUAUUCAUACGGGCGAUUGGGUGCGCAAAGAUAGUGGUGUUGGAGCAGGUAUAGAUUCAUAUUACGAAUAUUUAUUAAAGGCUUACGUCUUGCUUGGAGAUGACAGUUUUCUGGAAAGAUUUAACACGCAUUAUGAUGCCAUAAUGAGAUACAUUAGCCAACCGCCUCUCCUGCUUGAUGUGCACAUACACAAACCAAUGCUUAAUGCUCGGACCUGGAUGGACUCUCUACUAGCCUUUUUCCCUGGUUUGCAGGUCUUGAAAGGUGAUAUCAGACCAGCUAUAGAAACUCAUGAGAUGCUGUAUCAGGUGAUAAAAAAGCAUAACUUUCUUCCAGAGGCUUUCACAACAGACUUCCGGGUUCAUUGGGCUCAACAUCCUUUAAGGCCAGAAUUUGCAGAGAGUACCUAUUUCUUGUAUAAAGCUACUGGAGAUCCUUACUACCUAGAAGUAGGAAAAACACUAAUUGAAAACUUAAAUAAAUAUGCUCGUGUACCUUGUGGAUUUGCUGCUAUGAAGGAUGUUCGUACUGGAAGCCAUGAAGACAGGAUGGAUUCUUUCUUCCUGGCUGAAAUGUUUAAAUAUUUAUACCUGCUCUUUGCUGAUAAGGAAGACCUGACUUUCGAUAUAGAAGACUAUAUCUUUACCACAGAAGCUCAUUUGCUACCUCUCUGGCUAUCUACUGCAAACCAAACGGCCCCUAGGAAAAACAUUACUACAGAAUACACAGAAUUGGAUGAUAGCAACUUUGACUGGACAUGCCCCAACACUCAGAUCCUCUUUCCAAAUGACCCAAUGUAUGCUCAGAGCAUCAGGGAACCUCUGAAAAAUGUGGUGGACAAGAGUUGUCCUAGGGGUGUUUCCAGAGCGGAAGAGAGUUUGGGCACCGGACCAAAGCCCCCCCUGAGAGCCAGGGAUUUCAUGGCCAGUAAUCCUGAGCAUUUAGAGAUCCUAAAGAAGAUGGGAGUCAGCUUGAUUCACCUCAAAGAUGGAAGAGUCCAGCUGGUGCAACAUGCUAUUCAAGCAGCAAGCUCACUCGAUGCGGAGGAUGGUCUACGGUUCAUGCAAGAAAUGAUUGAGCUGUCCAGUCAGCAGCAAAAAGAGCAGCAGCUACCUCCUCGUGCCGUUCAAAUUGUUUCCCACCCGUUCUUUGGCAGAGUGGUUUUGACAGCUGGGCCUGCGCAGUUUGGAAUGGAUCUCUCCAAACACAAAUCAGGGGCAAGAGGAUUUGUUGCAGUCAGUAAACCAUAUAAUGGAUGCUCUGAGAUCACCAACCCUGAAGCGCUGAAGGAUAAAAUUGCUUUGAUGCAAAGAGGGCAGUGCAUGUUUGCUGAAAAGGCACGGAACAUCCAAAAAGCUGGGGCUAUAGGUGGCAUUGUUAUUGAUGACAAUGAAGGAAGCAGCAGCGACACAGCCCCUCUCUUCCAGAUGGCAGGCGAUGGCAAGAAUACAGACGACAUCACUGUGCCAAUGCUGUUUCUGUUCAACAAGGAAGGCAGUAUUAUCCUUGAUGCCAUCCAGGAAUAUGAAGCUGUAGAAGUGCUGCUUUCUGACAAAGCAAAAGACAGAGCAACUAUAUUUAAAGAUAAAAUGAUUCCAAACUACAUUAUUGAUAGCAAUUUGGAAAUGGAAAGCAUGGAUCAGAAGUCAUCUGAUAAUGAUUCUCAUAACCAGAGGUCAGAAGAGAUUUCGGCAGAUUUGAACUUGGUCAGUCAAGACCCAGAAGGAGAAGUUGGGUUGGAGUCACCUGCAGAGUUGGGCAGCAGUAGUGUUUCCCUUAUGGACCAGGAAUCCUGUAUCCCUAAACUCCAGGAAACUAAUAAACUCCAAGAAACUAGUAGUCAAGCAUCAGACUUGGAAAAUCACCCUGAGGAACAAUCAAAGAUUGAAAGUGACUCCAGUCCCACUGAUAGUUGGGACAAUAAUAAAGGACAGUCUAUGGAAUCAAUAUUAGCUGAUUGGAAUGAAGACAUAGAAGCUUUUGAAAUGAUGGAAAAGGAUGAACUAUAACUUCUAAUAAAGUGCUUGUGGGACUACAAAGUGGUGAACUUGAUGGAGGAUAGUAAAGACCCUAGCAUCUGAAAAUUAAAAAAAGAGAGAAUUGUUCAGUAUUCUGAGGAACAGCCAGGUUCCAUUGGCAAAAGCCAGCAUGUGUUAAAAUUUGUAUUGUUUUUGUUCCCCCUGUUUUAUGGAAAAUGGGAAUGUGCAAUUGACCCAUUUGCAGGGUUCCUUUGCAUGGUGCUGUAGCACAGGAGGUUCAUUCAGGGAAUGAUUUGGAUCCCUCCUGCGUUCCACGUUGCUGUAAGUGAGCUUUGUCUAAGCCUUAGGAAGCAGAGAAUGAAUGAAACAGGGAUUUCAAUGCACCACCGAGUCUGGAUGGCUAGUUGGGGCACGGCACAUGAUGGCUACAGGCUGGCUGUUGGCGAUGAUGCUUUUUCAAGGGUCUAUACCGUAUCUCAGAAGCCUUUUUAUGGAGACAUGGCAGAAGGUACUUCAGGCUGUGGUGGCCUUUAUAGCGAGGGCAGAACAGCAGGCAGCUCUGACUUGUCCUGUGCCACUUAAUAUAGCGAGUGUGCUGUACCUCCUUUAUCACAUCUUCCAUUUAUUAUUUUGAAGAGCGACCAAGAUAACUUGGAUUUAUUAUUUUUUUAAGUUCCUAGUUCAAGUCAAGAUUGCCUUUGAUUUACAGACUAUGUGCUCGAUUAGCAAAAAAAAAAAAAAAAAGAAAGAAAUUAAAACCGCAGUUAAUUCUGAAACUUGAAUCUGAGUAAUGGGGCAUAGCCUCUUCUCUACACUCCCAUUACUUUUAUUUUGAACCUUGCACAGUGAAUCGUGAGCUAAAAUAAGCCAAACUCGCUUCCUUGCCGAUUUUCUGGGAAAGGUACCAAAUCAGAUAGUGCUGGGAUAGAAUUUAUUUCAUUUUAUAUUUUUUUUGCAACUUUAAAUCAGCCUUACAUCAGUAACAUCUCUCUAUUCCUGUAUACAGCUUAAAUUUCUGUGCACAAAAAGGCCCGUAUGUCCAUAGGAAAGUAUGAAGUCAGUGAAAGACUGGUAUCAUGUGUAGAUUUUUUUUUUUAAAAAAAAGUUGUAGAAAUCCUAGUGUGUUUGACAGUAAUCAUGUUUCACAAAUGUCUUAAAGUGAGCUUUUUCUUUUUUUUUUUUACAAACCCACAUGUAGCUAAAAGACAAAGGAAAAUAAUACAGUUGCGUCUACGCAAGACUGCCGGACGUUGCUUAUUUAUAUCCAGUCUUGAUUACGUUUGUCUUUAUUGUUCUCGGGUUUUUUGGCUGUAGGAAACUGAUUUGACACGGCACAGUAUGUGCCGUGCCCUGUUCUGCCACUUUAUGUAUAAAUGUGUUUUUGUUUUAAUGGAGAACUAGCAGAAUCCCUGUUAGGGUGAUGGGCUGUAUGUGGGGAGAGGAGUGCUCUCACCGGAGGCGAAAUUCAUUCGGUGAUGGGCGUUUUUGGAGCGCGCGAACUGUUAAAACAGCACUUUACCUUCCCCAUAGAAGUGAAUGAUCAAUCGUUGACCUAGACAUACAUAUAGGGAGAAAGUAAAGCUGUAUCUGUUGGGAUUCUACUGGUAUGUGAACUAAACCUGCCCUCUGCUUUUGUACCCCAGUGAACUGAGCAGUUCAAAGGGCAGGUAUACCUUUUUCCGUCCAGUCCCAGAUUGUGUAAUGUCGCAUGCAACACAAAUCCUUAGAAACUGGCUAUAUAACAGUUAGGUUCAUUUCCAGUCUGAACCCGAGGAUUGAUCCUAGCACAAAAAGGUGCAAAGCCACCUUUCUAAAAAACAUAUCAGCCAGGUGGAAAGACCUUAUUCUUAUGGAUGAAACAGUGGUGCGAAAUCUUAGUGGACAAAUGAAUAAAAGUGUCCUUUAACUUUUUUCAAUUCUUUUUUCCCCAUUUGCACAUGUGAGUGUUAGGUGUGGGGCCUUCAGCAUUUUUUUGUGGAGUUCCCAGAGAUGAAUUAUGUUUAGACCGGAGGCUUUAAUUUUUUAAUGAUUAUUAUUUUUUUGUACGUGGACUGUUCCUUCAGGGAACUUGAAUAGAGGCUUCUCUAAAGUGUCCUUUAGUAACUUAGGCCUAGAGCUUAGAGGAGAAUGUGUGCGUUUCGGGCCAAAUGCACUUAAUUUUAAGUUAGAACUGUAAAAAGCAAGUGGGAUGUUCUGCAUGUCUGAGUAAUAGUGCCACUUGUAAAAAACUUCUCAAUAUUAACUCUGUCCUAGGCUAUAACUUACCCCAUCAAACUGCUAUUUCCAUUAGGCCUUCAAUAGUAACGGCUCAUAUGGUGUUUCUGGUGAACUGGUGUUUCUGGUGAACUGAAUCUUUAGUCAUUGUAUCUUCACCAAGUGUUUUAGACAAAACAGCAGCUGCUAAAUUCCAUUUCUUCCUACCGAUAAUUUAUUAAGAGUGUGAGCUACCUGCUGCUUAUUUGUACAUAGUCCAUAAUGUGGAUUUUUAAGUUGAUGUGUUGACAUCGAAAUAUCUGCACACCUUUUGAGUUUUCCUUAUUAAUUCAGGGAUUAUUGAAAGAUUCCCUUGCCAUUAGAAAGGAGCAUCUGAACGGUGGUAGAGUCUACCUCAGAUAUAGGUUGCCCUUUUAUAUAUUUUUUGUUCUUCAUCAUAGCCAUAAGCCUGUUGGACAAUAGCAAAAAAAAAGGUUUACAUGUUAGUAGCUAAAUUUGGAGACUUGUCUUUUGGAGAGAGCUUACCAAUUAUGAGUUAAUAUCUUCAUAUCACAACAGAAGCCCUUUUUUUUGGACAAGCAUUCCUGUAUGUGGUUGAGGUGUUCCUUGCGGAGAGGGUAUCAAAUGAGCUGGCACAAUAACAGGGUUAAUUUCUCAUCAGGAUCUUACUAAACCUGCUGCCUUGUGCUUCUUUCGGCAUAGUGAUUUAUAGCAGGUUCAUAGAGCUCCCAGAGACGCCCUAUAGUUAGGACAACAGAGGAAACAUUCUAUGAAUGCAUAACCGUACAUCCAGAUUUUAUAAGACUUUUUACCAGCCCAAUUUACAGCCAUAUAUUUUCUUAUGAUGUAAUUUAUGAAAAGUGUAAUAAGGGGUGCUGCAACACGACCGUUGUUGGGUUUUACUGUCUGGUAAUUUUCAGUGUGUACAAUAUUCCUAAGGGCAACUGUGUACUGUGAUGUAGAAGUCUGAGCUCAAAGUGUAUAUAUAAUCCUUGUAUAUAAAAUUGUGUACCUAAUUAUAAUUGCUGAUUGUAAAGAUUUAAUAAAAUAUGUAAAUAUUCUG